AUGAUGCUAAUUUUGAUAAAUUGUGAUUGUCUGUCUCAAUUAUCCAUUACAGAAGCUUUGACAAAACUAGCAAUCCGUCUACGUGGGCCAUAUAACGUAAUGGCUGUUCUGAUUCCAUUGGCGGUGCAAAUCUCUGAAAGCAUUAUGAUAUUUCAAGAAAAAGCUCCCAUAAUAUCGACUAGGAUCGUACAUAAAUGUUUACGGAAAGAUAGUGGACAGUCGCUGAAACGUGAGAUUGCCUCAUUUAAAGCAUCACCGGAACCACUAACUAAUUUUUCUGUUGCUCUUACAGAUGUUCAAUCACAGUUGCUCACUUCGUUUAUCGGAAAGAUAGAAGAAUCUCGGGGAUUCUGGAAAACUGGUCCACGAUUUACUUGUAUCAAUUCUGCUUGGUCUGCUACAACCAGUGAUGACACUUGCUGGGAUGGGACAAAAAUAGUGAAUAACUUGAAGACUGUGGUUGAAGUAUCUAAUGGCGGUGUAUUCCUGACUGAGAGACUGAAAUUGAUGAUGCUUUCAAACAGAUUAUUAGAAAGUUAUGAGGGAAAGCGACUGUAUAAUGAAAAAACAGAUGUUGAUGUCGAAGCGAGCGGUAACGGAAAUUCAUACAUUCCCGUUGAUGACGAAGAUGGGGAUGAAUUUUGGGAUGAGGGAAGCGGCUUUGACGAAAAUCAGGCGGCAGUAGUAGUCGACGUUGCAGGUUCUCACCGAGACAUCAUAGAACCAUUAGGUAGCGAAGAAUCCGAUUUGUCAAGUAGCAGCACAAGUGCAACUAAACUAAACUUCACAUUGCAACUACCAGACGUCCAAAUCUCAAAAAUUUCACCGCAGAAGUCAUUUCGUUGUGUUCUAUAUUUCAUAAUUAUCUUUCAUGUUUUAUAG